UGUGUGUAGAACAUAAUAUGGUAGCGUACAGGUUGCGUCAAAAUGUAAUCUAGGAAGAGCUAAGUGUAGAGAUUUUUUCUCUUUAUCAAACCAACGUCUAGAGUUAGAGUUGUGCAUAUUUCCAUUCGCUUGUGAAAAGUAUUGCUUUACUCCCUCCUUGACAUAGUGUAGCACUUGUCUGAAGUAGCUUCGUAAAAAGAAUAUUAACGAGCGAACCAACAUUUGCAUAGAUCCUCUAAGCUUACACAAAGUUAAAUAAAUACGAUCAAGUUCGCAGAUUGGUAUCAACUAAGAAAGCGUGCAAAUUAAUAUAGUUCAUUGUACUAUUGUAAUUAUAUUUACACAGUGUCAAUAUGAAAUAUUACGGACCUACUCUGUUCACCUAGAGAUUGUCGUCAUAAACGUGAAUAAUUAUUGACGCCCUAACUAUUCCAAGAAAGAAUUUUUAAAUAACAGUAGUUCACCAUGAGUAAAUUUUCACCAUUUGUGAAAAAGGCUAUCUGUUGUUACUAAAAUUUUUUAUCGUUGCAUUUCGUGUGGAAACUGUUGCUCAGACUUUUCUCCUCGUGUGAAAACUCAAUGUUACUGACACGAAAGACUGUCAUGCGAGCAGGAAGCAGACAUGUCAUAUCAACCCAGUGGACAACCUGGUUAUCCACCACCAUACUCUGCACAGCCAGGUUACCCUCCAUCAGGUCAACCUGGGUUUCAGCCUCCCGGUGGCUACCAACCUCCACCAGGUGGGUACCAGCCGGGUCCUGGUGGAUAUCAACCUGGCGGAUAUCAGCCUGGGGGAUACCAGCCUAGCCCUGGUGGGUACCAACCACAGGGGUAUCAGCCUCCAAUGGGGUACCCUCAGCCCACAGGGUACCCUUCUCCAGGACAACCCUACAGCCAGCCAAUUGCACAACAACCAGUCAGUGGCGGUGGAGCACCAGGCGACUGGAUGAAUAUGCCACAAGGCAAUCCCAAUGUACCGCCAGGCCUCGAGUACCUUACACUCAUUGACCAGUUGCUUGUGCAUCAAAAAGUUGAACUACUGGAAGCAUUGACUGGAUUUGAGACAAAAAACAAGUUCACUAUAAAGAACAGUGUUGGCCAGAAAGUAUAUUAUGCUGUGGAGGAUUCCGAUUGCCUGACUCGCAAUUGUUGUGGUCCUCUGAGGCCAUUUGAUAUGAAGAUACUGGAUAAUUUUAGAAAUGAAGUGAUUCAUUUGAAUCGUCCUUUGGCAUGUGAUACGUGUUGGUUUCCAUGCUGUCUUCAAAGCAUGGAAGUAUCAUCACCUCCAGGAACUACUGUUGGAUACAUUCAGCAAGAAUGGAGCAUUCUGUCACCUCAGUUUAGCAUAAAGAAUGCAGCUGGUGAUGUUGUGCUGAGGAUUGAAGGCCCAAUUUGCACAUACAGUAUUUGUGGUGAUGUAGAAUUUAAGAUUCUAUCCAAGGAUGGCAGCUCACAAGUGGGAAAAAUAUCGAAACAAUGGGCAGGUCUUUUGAGAGAGGCAUUCACAGAUGCUGAUUACUUUGGAAUUACAUUUCCAAUGGAUCUUGAUGUGAAAAUGAAGGCUGUGAUGUUGGGAGCAUGCUUUUUGAUUGAUGUAAUGUUCUUUGAGAAGAGUGGUAAUAAGGAAACUGAUCGCCCUGGAAUGUUUUAGUCGUUAUAAUGAAGACUUUGAUGUUUCUAGAGAGUUUCUCAAGUUGAAGGAUUACAUGUUCUUUGAAAAAUCUGGCAAUGCUGAACAAGAUGGCAUUGGAAUGUUUUAAAAUAUGCACCAUAUUAUAUUGUUUACUAAAGCUAACAGAAUGUUUAACAUGAAGUAAGGAAUAUUGUAUUCAUACUUACCCAGUAACACAUUCGUUUGACAUCACAACAGUUUCCUCAUCAGCUUUCAAUAUUUGUGUCAGGGAGUUUGUUAAUGUUGGAGUAAGUUCAGUAACAUCUAUAAAUAUCUCAUUCAGCCAUAGCACUUGUUGAGAAAUGAAUGACAUUGAUGUACAGUGAAUUUACUCGAACAGGUGAUCAUUUUUGUAGUGCGUGUAAUGUUUUAUGUGUGGAGAGUGACACCUGUCCCCAAAACAACAGACAUUAUAUGUAUAACCUCUUUUCUGUGUCUUGAUUGUGGUGUUGUAGAUACAUCCCUGAUCCUUCAAAUGCAAUCCGUGCUGUGAAUGGAUGCAAGUUUAUCUAUACCCUGUCUUGAUUGUGGUGUUGUAGAUACAUCCCUGAUCCUUCAAAUGCAAU